GCUUGUUGGGCGAUAAGAUGGUUUUGCAUUACAUGAUAUCGGGUGCGAAACUAUAUCUGUGGGGUUCAUCUUGUUCAUAUAGUCUUCCCUCUUCCCAACCUUCUUCGCCAACAUUUUCCCCCAUUCUUUUGGAACCUCCUUCCCUCGGUCCCCCCCUUCACCGGCCAGCAGAAUAGGGCUUCUGUGCCUGAACUGAUCCACAGUACUCCAUUCCAAUCGAUCCCGGGAGGGGGAGACACUUUCCUAUUUCUACAACCCGCAUUCACCUGCAUUCACCUGCUUUUUGAUUACCUCUAUACUUUAUAUUCAACUUCUACUUGCCCAUCCGGCCUCGCCAAUAGAGCCUGACAGUCGUUGUCGGCUUGAUUUGAGCAUUGCAUUAUGAAUCACAAUAUGAAAGACCAGGCCCUGCCACUGGGCAUCCACCGAACGGGAAGUCGACUUGGAGAACUUCUCGUGGCCGACACUCUGGUUGCGGCAGGUUCAUCGGCGCUCAUCACCCCGGCGGUGAUGAUCUUUGACAGACUCGUCGUUGAAAAGUCCUUCUACAACCAGCCCAUGUUCCCGGCAUUCCGUCGACACUUGUGGUUCUCGAUUACACAGCCAGCGACCUUUUUAACAUCUCGACCCGCCCUAUUGGUCUGGUCUCUCUAUACUGCCACCUUUGCAACCGCCAAUAUCUCCGAGACCCUGCUGAGCAAGGUCUAUCCCAAGAUCGACCAUGCGAUUGCGGGCAUGACCACCUUUGCCGCCACGUUCGUGGUCAACUCCUCCGUCGGAAUUUGGAAAGACGUGAAAUUCGCCCAACUCUUCGGCCAUAAGAAUAAUGCCCCUCCUCCUCCUCCUCCAUCAUCAUCAAUGAUGGCACCAUCACCACCAACUCCCUCCCAAUCACCAUCCACAUCUGCAUCUGCAUCUACACCAGCGUCAGCAUCAGCAUCAGCAUCAACCUCAGCAUCUCCUUCCACUACCACGCCAAAAGGCGACACCUCCCUCCCCAAAACCGCCCGUUCAAUCGGCCGCACUCGCAUCCCCCUCGCCACGUACUCCGCCUUCCUCCUCCGCGACGGCCUCACCAUCUUCGGCUCCUUCAGCCUCCCCGCCAUGCUCUCCACCGCCAUCCCAGACUCCAUCGCCUCCCAAGAAUAUCUCAAAAUCCUCAUUGCCCAACUCGCCAUCCCAGCCUCCAUCCAACUCAUCAGCACACCCAUCCACCUCUUCGGUCUAGAUCUAUACAACCGGCCCCAGUCAAUGCCGACCAAAGAGCGCAUGAGCCGGAUCAGCCGUGACUGGAUCGGCGCAUCGCUGCUCCGCAUGUGCCGUAUCAUUCCCGCCUUUGGAAUCGGCGGGUUCUUGAAUACGGAGGGCCGACUUUACUUGCAUGACCAGUUGGAUGAGAGGCGGAUCCCGGCGUGAGUGCGGAGAACUACGGGUUUAAAGUAAAAAAAAGCCACUCCUUUUGCAUAUAACAUCAGAGAGAGAGAAACAUCACAUAUAGCCAUUUGUUCCUGGAUUUUUAAAUAUAUAGAUCAAUAUACCCCCU